GUUCCACAUUUGAAUACAAGUGUGUGUCUCUGUGUGCGUGCCUGCUUAUUACAAACCCGUGUGCAGCCCAUCUCAUCUCCAGGUUUGCGUGCUCUUGUAAGUCUGCUAAGAACGUUGCUGRACACUCACAACAAAGACCCUCCUUGGUUGGCUGCGUGCUCCGUCAGAGCAGAAGGCCAGUUAAGCGUCAAGAACACAGAAGGCCUGGGGAAGACGAAGAGGAAGACGAGUGCCCGCGAUGCCUCGCCAACGCCCAGCACGGACGCAGAGUACCCGUCCAAUGGUGGCGGAGGUAGCAGCGCCGAGCGUAUCUACGACCUCAGCAUCCCAGCCCUGGUCAAGUUCGCCUACGCGGCGGAGCGGGAAGACGAGCUGACACUGGUGAAGGGGUCAAGGGUCAUUGUCAUGGAGAAGUGUAGRGACGGCUGGUGGCGAGGGAGUUCUGAAGGUCAGGUAGGCUGGUUCCCCUCUAACUAUGUCCUGGAGGAGGGGGAGGAGGAGGCRGCCUCGGGGGACCUAAGRGGAGGUUACCCAGGACAGGGGGCAGGGUCGGGAGGGGUGAUCAACGGGACCACCAGGGCGCUCCACACUGUCCAGACGCUGUACCCUUUCAGCUCUGUGACAGACGAGGAGCUGAACUUUGAAAAGGGCGAGGUGAUGGAGGUGCUGGAGAAACCGGAGAACGACCCUGAGUGGUGGCGGUGUCGGAGCGCCCGUGGACAGGUGGGCCUGGUGCCAAAGAACUAUGUGGUUAUCCUUAGCGACGAUCCGGCCCCCGGGGGUGGGAUGGGCUCGGGCCCCCACUCGCCCCAGAUCAACUACACAGGGCCGGCCCGCGUGGGAAAGUUUGCCGGGAAGGACUGGUACUAUGGGGGAGUGACCAGGCAUCAGGCAGAGUGUGCGCUCAACGAGAGAGGAGGUCAGGGAGACUUCCUGGUCAGAGACAGUGAAUCAUCGCCCAGUGAUUUCUCCGUGUCCCUUAAGGCGAUGGGAAAGAACAAGCACUUCAAGGUUGCGCUGGCYGAGGGGGUCUACUGUAUCGGCCAGAGACGCUUCAGCAGCAUGGACGAACUGGUGGAGCACUACAAGAAAGCCCCGAUCUUCACCAGCGAACAUGGAGACAAACUCUACCUGGUCAAACCGUUGCUGUGACCACACACACCCACACACACACACAGACACACACACAUGCUCGCAUACAUUUGCAUACACACACACUCACACACACACACACACUCCGGACCCCGGUGCUCGGCCUGGCCUAACAACAAGCCUUAUUACUAGACUUUCCACUGACUGAUUGAGCACAGCAAUAUCCACAGGUCUGCCCAUGCCCCUUCAAUACAGGAGCUACCAGUCACCAUAAACUCAACAGUAAACAGUUAGCACGGAGAGAGACUCAAAUGGUACAUAUUGGCCAUCGUAGCUCAGAUUCCUUUCAGAAUAAUGACAUUGAGUCCUGUCCAGAAGUGUCCAGAGAACGCCUUCACUAAGGGACCGUCUGUAAGCAUCUGCUCUUCGCCUUGGCUGACAACUCCACCUCCUAGUAAAGCCCUGCCGGUGCCUCUAGGUUUUUGGAGUGAGCACGGAUGGGGAUUUACAGUCAAAGGUUCCUUCACAACAGCUACAUAACACCAUGAACGUGAAUAUUUAAUGUGUUGACAUUGACAUCACAUUAUCACUGGAGACCUUUUGAAUUUCUGGGGGGAAACAAACAGGAGGAGAGAAACAGCUCUUCUCUUUUUGCUUGUCUCCAGUAGGUGUUGUUGCUUCGUCUGUCGUUAUCGAGCGACCCGUCGUUUGCAGAAAGUAGUAUUACGUUUCCAUAAAGACUUGUACCAGAAAGAAAGGCACCUCAAAUGGUACUGUAUUUAACUGAUAAGGAAAGGGCGCCCUCUGUAGGUGUAUUGUGGAAUGGACACUGUCAGUAAGCUGCGUCGAAUGUCCGUGGAUGUAUACCAACCGACCAUGUGCCACACCCACUGCUCAAAUGUUCGCUUGAACGUUCUCUUCGAAUCGACCGCUUUCCUCAACGUCCGAGUGAAAACGUCGCUGUCCGAGGACGGGGAUUCAAGAGCGAUAGGAAAACGUUUUGUUGGGUUGUCUGUUUGCCAAUGAAAGUCUGUUCAACAUUUGUUUCCUGCUUUUUAAAAAGAAAAACUGUCUUAAUGUUACUGAGCACUGUUAUUUAAAUCUUGUUUUCAGCUGUGUAUGUAUAUUUAAAAAGAAGAAUAAGGUGAAUAUUAUAUGAAAUUAGAUACAGCUUAAAGGUACUGUACUCCAAGACGGUGUGGUGACUGAGGAAUGAAAUACUUUUGUUCAAUUAAAAGUUUUUCCAAAAUAA